CGCCGCCCGGUGGACGGCUGGGCCUUGCUGCGGGCCUGCGCCUCCCUCGGCUCCUGCCGCGGGCCUCGGGGAGUGGGAAAGCCUCUGCAAAUUAAAUUACCUAAUUAUCAGAGGAAGGCUUGAUCUUGGAAGUGAAAGUGUGGCAUAACACAUGGAAGGGACACUAGCAAUUACCUAAAUCCUGUGCAUGGGUUGGAGCGAUGUACCAUCUGUGAGUGUGAGGGUGGAAGAUGUCUAUGGAUGUGACAUUUCUGGGUACGGGUGCAGCAUACCCAUCCCCAACCCGGGGUGCCUCUGCUCUGGUCCUUCGGUGUGAGGGCGAGUGCUGGCUCUUUGACUGUGGGGAGGGGACUCAGACACAGCUUAUGAAAAGCCAGCUUAAAGCAGGGAGAAUUACCAAGAUCUUCAUCACACAUCUUCAUGGAGACCAUUUCUUUGGCCUUCCUGGCCUCCUCUGCACAAUCAGCCUGCAGAGUGGCUCUGUGGUCACCAAACAGCCUAUUGAAAUCUAUGGCCCUGCUGGGCUUCGAGACUUUAUCUGGAGAACCAUGGAACUCUCUCACACAGAGUUGGUCUUCCCCUAUGUGGUCCACGAGCUGGUGCCUACAGCAGAUCAGUGUCCUACAGAAGAACUAAAAGAAUUUAUGCACGUGAAUAAAACAGACAGCCAUCCCAAAGAGGGACAAGGAAGAACUAUCCUUUUAGACUCAGAAGAAAACUCAUACCUUCUGGUUGAUGAUGAACAGUUUGUUGUAAAAGCAUUUCGCCUCUUUCACCGAAUUCCCUCCUUUGGGUUUUCAGUUGUGGAGAAGAAACGCCCAGGUAAACUCAAUGCACAGAAACUAAAAGACCUCGGUGUGCCACCAGGUCCUGCCUAUGGGAAGCUGAAAAAUGGAAUUUCUGUUGUUCUGGAAAAUGGAGUUACAAUUUCUCCCCAAGAUGUCUUAAAAAAGCCUAUUGUUGGAAGAAAAAUCUGCAUUUUGGGUGACUGUUCUGGGGUUGUAGGUGAUGGAGGAGUGAAGCUGUGUUUUGAAGCAGACCUGUUGAUCCAUGAAGCAACCCUAGAUGAUGGUCAGAUGGACAAAGCAAAGGAGCACGGCCACAGCACACCACAGAUGGCAGCUGCAUUUGCCAAGCUGUGCCAAGCAAAGAGGCUAGUUCUGACUCACUUCAGUCAGAGGUACAAGCCGGUUGCCUUGGCCAGAGAAGGAGAAACAGAUGGGAUCGUAGAACUAAAAAAGCAAGCUGAAUCGGUGUUAGAUCUCCAAGAAGUGACUCUAGCAGAAGACUUUAUGGUGAUUGGCAUUCCAAUCAAGAAAUGAACCCAGUGUUCCAGAAUGCAUCCUCACAUGUCUGUGAACAUGUUCCUGAACCAACAGUCAAGUUGGUUGUGGUGGUGGUGGUGGUGGUUGUGGUUGUGGUUUUGGUCUAAGAUUAUUUGGGUCCUAAUAAUCCUCAACAGGAUAGAGCUGCAUUGCUGGACUGACUCAGCAGUGAGAGGGAGCAAGCUUUUUGAUAAUAAAUCAUUUUAAAAAGAAAGAAAA